GAGGAAGAUUCCAGUGUCGCGUUACAUCCUGUUACGUCACAAUCUCUUGUUUUAUCAAUUGUUUAAAAUAUGUCAUUAGCUGACGAACUUUUGGCUGAUCUUGAAGGAGCUGAAACAUCUGAAGAAUUAAUAACUGACUCAAAUUUACACGAACUAGAGGAUGUUACUAUGUUAAGUGUAACCAAAUCAGACGAUUUUCAGUCCAAUGGAUCAGCUUCAGGAUUUAAAAAUAUAUUUAAAACCGCUUCUUCUUUCGCUGAUGCUCCGAUAACGGCUUAUGCCAAGUUAAGAAACAGUGAUAGAUUGACCAAUGUAAUGGCGGAUCUUGAUCGUUUUGCAAAACAAAAGAAACGUGAUCGAAUUCAUGGUCCUGUCGAAGCUGAUCCAGAAUAUCAAUGUAUUGUCGAAGCUAAUAAUCUUAUGGUGGAAAUUGACAAUGAAAUUAAUAUUAUUCAUAAAUAUGUUAGAGAUCUGUAUUCAAUGCGAUUCCCUGAACUUGAAUCUCUCGUACCAGGUCUUCUGGAUUAUUUAAAAAUUGUACUGGUUUUAGGAAAUGAUAUACUUGAACGUUCCAAACAAACAGAUCUACUUGCUUCUUUUCUAACUCCAGCGACAAUUAUGGUUGUAUCAGUCACUGCAUCAACCACUCAAGGGUCAUCUUUAACAUCAGAUCAAUUAUCCCGUAUUAUUGAAGCAUGUACUAUGGCAAUUGAAUUACAAGAAAUGCGUGUUACAAUGUUAGCUUAUGUAGAAUCACGCAUGUCAUUUAUCGCUGCAAAUACUAGCAUUCUAGUAGGUGCAUCAACAGCAGCGAAAUUAAUGGGUCAUGCUGGUGGUUUAACUGCACUUACUAAAAUGCCAUCAUGUAAUAUACUUGUGCUGGGUGCACAAAAGCGUCUGUUGUCCGGAUUUAGUAAUACGUCAGUUCUACCACAUACAGGAUACAUUUUUAAUUCAGAAAUUGUGCAAAAAUUACCUCCAGAUUUACGGCUUAAAGCUGCUCGAUUGAUAGCGAAUAAAGUGGCGUUAGCAGCACGAGUAGAUUUAUUUCAUGAAUCUCCCGAUGGACAUGUUGGUGAAAAGCUUUUAUUAGAAAUUGAACGAAAAUUUGAUAAAUGGCAAGAACCACCUCCAGUAAAAACAAUUAAAGCUUUACCAGCUCCAAUCGAUCCACCUGCUAAAAAACGAGGUGGUCGACGUUAUCGAAAAAUGAAGGAGCGUUUAGGUAUGAGUGAACUAAGACGAUCAGCAAAUCGAAUACAAUUUGGUGAAAUCACUGAUGAUGCUUAUCAAAGUGAUUUAGGCUUUUCAUUAGGAUCACUUGGUCAACGUGGUAUAGCAGGACGUUUACGUGCUCCUCAGGCUGAUUCAAAAACAAAAGCUCGUGUAAGCAAAGCAUUACAACAGAAAUUAUCCAAAUUUGGUGGUAUGUCCACUAUGCCUACUACUGCAUUGGGUGCUGCAAGUUGGGGUGGGAAUUCUACUGUACGUAAACAUGUCGCUGGUACUUCAUCAUCGAUUGCAUUCACUCCACUACAGGGUCUUGAAAUUGUCAAUCCACAAGCUGCAGAAAAACCAAUGGAAGUUGGUAAUAAAUAUUUCAGUAGUACUUGUGGUUUUACAAAAAUUCAACCGAAAUUGAAAAAUGGAGUAUAAAUAAAGUUGGAAAAAUAGAUGGAGAUACAAAAAAAAAAUAACGGUUGAUUCCCAAUAUGUAAAUUAAAACAAAAAUGGUAAUUAAUGUACAUUUUUAAAGAUGAAAUCAAACAUUUAAUGAAUGUUUCAUCUUUCAUAAUCUAAAUGCAUUGUGAAUGUAUUUACCACUAUAGAAAAAUUGUAUAUUUUGACUCAUGUAAUAUAAAAGUACAUACAUAAAAGUCUUUCA